AUGGAGCCAACCGAACCAGUAUCCGAUGUUCUGGAGGCAAAACUUGAGCCAACGGAAUAUCUUCCCUCUUUUGAAGGAGACACGAAACUACCUCUCGUUGAGAAUACGGAGGUUGAAGAAACUCCGGAAGAGGCCGAAGAACGUCUGAAACUUCGUGAAGCAAUCAGGCGAGCUCUGGAUGACCAGACAAGCAUAUUAUAUGAACAAUAUGCAAGAGAACAACAUCCCAAAGAUCCGCAGAAAGUAAACACUUUACCAAACUGA